UUUUAUUUAGUGAACUGCUGUGAGGAACUGGGGAUUUUCUUUUAGCUCGAGGAAGUGGCGAUUUUCAGUAGAAAAAAGCUUGAGGAGUUGAAAUCUGAUGUGGGCGACUUUAAGAUCCCGAUAUCUGCAUCUAUCUGCAACAACGUUGCCUUCCUCCUCUCUCGCAAAUGGCUCGUGGAAGCUGGGGUUUUCAGGUUUAAAUCAGACGUUCUCUUCAUCCGCUGUGGAGAGAAUAAGCAAUGAGUUGCUGAGCCUGCAAGAGGUGGAGAAGGUUCUAAGCGACGUGAGAGCAGACGACGUGGCGGUGGUUCCGGUUGGUAACCAAUGCGAUUGGGCAGAUUUCAUGGUGAUUGCCACCGGUAGGUCCCCGUGGCACGUCAAGAACAUCGCCCAAGCCCUAAUUUACAAGGUUAAGCAGAAGCAAAAAGGAGCUAAGAGGAUGGUAUUACCCAGCGUGCAAGGGCAAGAGACGGGAAAAUGGAUUGUUGUUGACUCUGGCCGAGUGAUAGUUCAUGCUCUCGAUGAGAAGGCAAGAGCUUAUUACAAUUUGGAAAAUCUUUGGAUUGCAAAGUCAGCCCAGAAGGAACCAGUUGAGGAGUUGACAAAAGCUUUUGUAAAGGUUCGGCGUAUUAAUAAUUCCAAAAAGCCAGCCCAGGGAAGUGAUUAAUCGACAGAGUUCCUUUGUUUCAUGGGUUUAUCACUUGGAUUUUGCAGUUGUAGUUUGUUAGUACAUGAGAAGGUUCUUUGCUUGUUGUACUGGAAACUAUAUAAUGAUAUAUGAUCACUAGUUCUUUUCA